CAUUCCCAGUCCGGCCAGUCUAAAAAAACACAUCGGAGCACUGUGAUUUUAGCGUUUGAAGCGAAUCCGUCCGGCAAAGACAACGGGGCAUAGCCCGGAUACAGCAAGUUAACACCAAGCCUCCCCACACUAUCAUUCGAGCACGAACGAGAAGCACAUAGCCAUUGUCGUUCUACCUCCAGCCCUCUUUUUGCCGACGGAGAAGUGACUCGAAAAUCUUAGGGUUUACCGGACACGGAUCACGUCUAAACACAGAAACUGAGGGGGAUAGAGAGGGGACGAUGGCGUUUUGGAUUCGCGUCAAGGAAUCUCAGAUCAGGGUAUUGUCAAACGGACUAAAAAGAUGCUAUCAUCAAACACCUAAUCCGAGUAAACUUCACCCUUGUGGUGCCGUAUCACAUACCACACUUCGGCAUCUGAAACCCAUCCAGACGCAUCGAGGGGAGUUUCUGAACAGUCUCAGGUUCUUCGCUGCACCAGUGCAGGUUAGUCAGAAGAAGGAAGAGAAGGACACAGACGGAUUUAGAUUGAAUGAGAAGGUGACUGCACCUUUUGUUCGUCUGGUUUCUGAUGAAGGUCAUGCUGUAGUAUCGAGGUUUGAGGCUCUGGAUCGUGCUAAGAGUCUUAAUCUAGAUCUAGUUGAGGUCGAUCGAAGAGCUAAUCCACCCGUCUGCAAGCUUAUGGACUAUCAUAAGGAAAAUUAUCUUAAACAAGCAAGGGAGAAAGAGCAAGCCAAGAAGAAGUCUGAUUCAACUUUAAAGAAAGGUGGUAGCAAGGAAGUCAGAUUUCUAUGUAAAAUUGAGAAAAAGGAUUUGAAGACUAAAGCAGACACAAUCAAGAGAAUGAUGGACAAAGGUUAUCGGGUUAAGUGUAUGGCAGUAAGCAAUGGUUCUGAGGUCGAAAAUCUAGGAGAGGCGCUGUCACGUCUCUCUUCCCUGAUAGGGGAUGUUGCAUUGAUUGAAAGUGGACCCCACGUGGAAAAGAAACAGGCAUACAUUGUGGUCAGGCAUGCCAAGUUUGGUCCAUUGAAGAAGGGUUCACAAAAGAAAACCGUCUCUAAGGUUGACGAUACAUCAUCUUCUUCACUUUUUGACGACGGCGAAGAUAUGAGCGGGGAAGGAGAGCAGUCGGUUUCUGCCGAGGGCAGAAGUGUCAUAAGACAGCCAUCAAGCGGAUCUGAUUCGGUUUCAUCCCAGGCUCCAGUGGAGAAAGAAAAUAGGUACAGACGAGAAUCACCACCGUCGCCGCCAGUAGAAAAUAGGUACAGAAGAGAGACCACACCGCCACCAGGGUCGUCUGCGUCUUCACCACCCACAAUAGAAAAUCGGUACAAAAGAGGGAGCACGCCAGCAGCAUCGUGGCGAGCGGCACCUCCUGGCGGGGGAGAAGAAAGGAAUAGUAACAGAAGGGAGCCACCGCCGCCACCCCAAUUUAGUGGGUUCACAGAUUCACGCAGAUCUCCACCAUCAGGAUAUGGUAGCUUUCAUCUUCCAAAACCUGAGAAUGCUCCCGGAAAAGAGAAUGUCGCAAGCGGAGGACUUACUAAUAGAUACAAACAAGAAAGAAGAUAGUGGCAGUUCUGCAAGAUAGUCUAUGAGCAGCACUAUUUUUUUGUUUUGCAUUUUGAGGAGAUGAUUAUUCUGUUCUGUUCAGAAAUUUGUUUUGUAAUUACUUUUCACGUAUCAUUUCGAAUAAUGAAAUGUUUUAAAUUAGUUAAUUAACAUUUCUUUUUUUU